AUAGCUUAAAUCCCCCAUCAAGUGAUUCUUUUGUUAACUUGUCUGGAUUAAAUUAAAACUCCCGUAUCAGCAGUGAGCGAGGCAUGCCGUUCUUGCCAGCUAAGCAUGAAUCAUGGCUGGUGUGCAUUGUUUUGGCAGGCCCCAGCCUCAAUUCCCCCCAUUGCGGAUAUAUAGUACCAUUUCCAGCAAUACACUGAAAACGCCAUUUGGGAAUUCAACUCAGCAUUGGCAUCAGAGAGCACUACCAAAUAACAUGUCUCAGUAUUCAGGAAAAAUUGUUUUCUACGAGGGCAAAUGCUUCACGGGCCGGAAGCUGGAGGUCUCUGGGCCCUGUGAGAACUUCCAGGAACGGGGCUUCACGAACAGAGUCCAUUCUGUCUGCGUCCGAACCGGAGCUUGGCUCUGCUUCAGUCAUGCCGAUUUCCGAGGUCAACAGUAUGUCCUGGAGCAUGGCGAGUACCCGGGAUUUUAUAGUUGGAAUGCGCAUAACGACCGGAUGGGAUCCUGCAAGCCAGUGGGAAUGCAUGGAGAACAUUAUCGAAUAGAAAUCUUUGAAGGGAGACACUUUUCUGGCCUCAGUCAGGAAUUCACUGAAGAUUGCUCUUUCUUGAGUAGACAAGGCUGGGACAAGAAAUGGAUCAAUGCCAUUAAAGUCUAUGGCGAUGGAGCGUGGGUGUUGUAUGAGGAACCCAACUAUCGUGGUCAGAUGUACUUGGUUGAGAGGGGGGACUACAGCAGCUGUAAUGAAUGGCAAGCGGCCAGUGCAAACAUCCAGUCCCUCAGAAGAGUCAUCAACCAUUUUUAACCAAGCGCCUGGUGAAAAUAAGGGUCUCGAGCUGUCCUAUCUGGUCUGUCGA